AUGAGUGUAGAGUGGAAAUCAGCUCUCCGUCUUCAAAUCGAAGCCCUUGCGAAGCGAAAUGAUCUGCACAGAAAAUCAUCAGAAGAAGAAAUCAAGAAACGAAUUGUUGAUAUGGACAGGAGAAUCGUGAAACUAAGAGAAUUGGUAUCCACAAGUGCUAACGAUGCUGCAAUAUUUUACUUGGAAUGUGUCUGCCAUGCAGACGAAACAGAACGUCUUCUGAAUCGAGAAAGUUCAGUGGAGAAAGAGAAGAAAUGGAGGAAAAUGAAACGAAAACCCAGUUCGCAAAUUGGCCCAACAGAAUCCCGCACAGUUUCUUCUCUUCCAAGUGUGUCCCCUCCUGAUGUCAUCCAAACUAUCAAUGUAUCCACACUAGAAGCUCAAGAUCAAAUGCCACAAAGGCCUCACUGGUGGGAUCAAUUUCAAAUCUACAGAAGAACAGAUCUCCUAAGAUUCUCCAAACAAAACGACAGAAGAGAACUAUGGAGAACGCAAAAGGAUUUCUUCUUGACAUGUCUUGGAUUCAUGGUUGGCGUUGGACAUACAAUGAGGUUUCCAGCAAAAGUAUACCAACAUGGAGGAGUAUUUUUGCAUUUAUCAUUAGGACAGUACACAGGACAAGCUGCAAAUACAGCGUUUUCGAAGUUGAUGCCAAUUGGAUCUGGUGUUGGGUGGGCUCUUGUUGUCAUUGCAAUACCCGUCGCGGUUUAUUACAAUAUCAUUGUUGCUUGGGCGAUUCAUUACUUUUUCCAAUCAGCUAAAGGACUUUUGUUGGGCGAUGAGUUGCCUUGGGAGACUUGUAGAGACGUAUGCUUGCUUGUUAUCUUUGCGAUUUUAAUUUGUAUAUACAGUUCUGAAGUGCUGUCUCUAUCGACAUUUGGAGAUUUUGCUCUUGGCCCCUUACAAUCUCAUUUAGUGCUCUCACUAGCGGCCGCCUGGCUUUUAGUGUUUUUUGGUGUGUUCAAAGGGCUCGGAUCUAUUGCUCAAACGAUGAAUGUCACUGCUACAGUACCUUAUCUACUGCUGUCAAUCUUGUUACUGCGUGGAAUCAGUCUUCCUGGUGCCAACAAAGGACUGUCUUUCUUUUUCACGGUGGAUAGUACUAAACUUUGGAAGUGGCAAAUUUGGAAAUCAGCUGCUGAGCAGGUAUUUUAUGAACUUGGAAUUGACGCGGGGCCUCUUAUUUCAAUGGCAGCAUUUUCAAGGUACCGAAAUAAUGUGUACAGAGAUUCAGUGCUUCUUGUAAUAAUGGACGCCCUAACCUCGAUUCUAUCUGGGAUGGUCAUAUUUUCAUUUGUUGGUUUCAUCGCGAGCGAGUCCAACAGCAACGUCAACGAUGUUUUGAAACAUGACCCUCUUUAUCUCUCGUUUACUGUAUAUCCAGGUGUGACAUCAUUUAUGUACUGGGGUGGGCUCUGGGCGACGAUGUUUUUUGGGAUGUUAGUUAUGGCAGCGUUGGACGCUGAAUUUGCAUGGUUGGAAAUGAUUGCUUCUGCAUUCAUGAACCAUUUUUCUACCAAAAACAAGGCUGUGGAAAACCGUCUGCUAGCAUUUUUGUGUCUGGUUGGAUUUUUCUUUGGACUCCCAUUAUGUGCACAGGUACUAAAGUGUAUAUUAACUCAACUCAUUUUGAUAUUUCAGGGCGGAAUAUUUGUGUUUCAUGCUAUUGAAAACUUAAACGCGAACUGGAACUCGUUCUCAUUGGCGUUGUUAUCAGUGGCCAUUGUUUGUUAUGUUUAUGGAAUUGACAACUAUCUCACUGAUAUUUCUGGCAUGCUUCGAGUACCCAGAAUUCCGAUAUCGAAGGCAAUACGGUUUAGGUUUAAGGACAAAAUAGUUUCUAUUCUGGGCCCUGGCGGAAUCUACAUCAAGUUUUCAUUGUGUUUCAUUUGCCCUGUAAUUUUGACAGUUUUACUAGUCGCAUCUGUGCUCGGCUACCAAAGAAUUUCAUUUGCGGGCCGCCCAAUUCCAAUUGACUAUGAAAUCGUUGCAUGGGUAGUGAUGAUUGGACCUCUUUUAGUAGUCCCACUGGUUGCAUUCUUACAAGUUCGACAAAUUCGAAACGAAGGAAAACUACUGAAAUCACUCUUCGAUACUUCCGAGUGGCGAGAAAAUCCAGAUGAUCUUCUAGAGCCUAAAGAUGCCUACAUGAAACAGGAUAGUAAAUACGAAAGUCCUCCAAAUCGGCGGAGAACACCUACAAUAUUCACUCACCGAGAAAACACUUAUAUGUACAUUGAUUCUCGUGGACCAACAGUAAGGUCAAGAGUGUUCCCAAUGGGUGCUCCUCUGGAUCCGUAUGGUUGGAAACUUGGAAGACUGAGAGAUCACCAGCAACAUAUUGAAGAAGUGGAGUCCAACUAUUCCGAAGAAGGAUCCACCACUAACAAUUCUUUUAUGGCGUCUACCGUAAAACAUAAUGAUGAUGUGGAGCUGACACUUUUCGGAUCGCCACCUGCUAUUAUGGGAGAUGAAGAUAAGAAUAUGGUUACAAAGUUUUCGGAAUCUAUGCCGGUAAAUUACAAGUGUAGAAAUGAACAAGCGGCGCCAGUACAGUCAAGAAGAGAACCGAGACUCGGUCGAAUGGCUAGAAAGACAAGGAGAAAGAGAAGUAGUCCAUCUGCAUCUGACCCUCCUGUCCCGACUAGCCCUCUACCACCACCUCCUCGUCUCUAUCACUGCAAAUCAGAACCACCCAUGAUGCGUUCAGAGGAGGAACACGGUACACCAAAAAUCAUCACACCUGAUGGCUCUUGCUCAAUAUCCGAUUCUUCUGACGACUCAUCAGAUGAUAAUAUCCGGCGAGCUACAGUAAUUCGUCGAAAAACCUCCGAUGACGACGCAUUCACUCAAAUCUCCACAGCAGAAUCAAUUUCAAUCACACCUUUGGACUUUCCAAGACAACGAUCAUUAAGUUCUGUUGCAAUUUACGAUCAGGAGCAGAAAAAUGGAAGGUCGAAAGUUUUGUCACAGUUGAAACGCCCCACUCCAAUUGUUAUGCCACCAAAAUAA